UCACGCACUUGAUUGAUAAUUCUCAAGAAUGGAAGCGUGUGUGUGUGUGUGUGUGAAAAAUAUGUUGAUGCAGAGAAUGAAUAGACACAUAGCCUAUCCGAUAGAAUAAACGGGGUCAGCGGCGGAAAAAGGAGGACGCCUUCAAGUCACAGCGUCGACUUUCUUCCCCCGGCGACUUCUAAGUCUCUCUCCGGGGUUGGUCUAACCCCCCCAAAAAAAUCCGCCGUCCUACCAUGGGUUGUGAGAUAUCGGCUCAACCCGUAUCGUCCUGCAGCUGUUCAGGGGGCCGAGGAUAGGAUAGGACCAAGACAUCGGACAGUUACUGAGUGUUCUGUUCGCUUUGUCCUGCGUUUCUCGACAAGGUGUUGGAGACGGUAGAGAGAGCAGCGCUCGGACAGGCAUUUUAAAUGUUAAAAUUCAGAUUUUGUCUGGCAUUGUGGUUGUGAAUCUAUUUCUUUAUAUUUCCGCCAAGCGGAUGGAGUGAAUUGAAAAAACAAGGUGGUGGUGGGGGGGGAGAGAGUCAGACCGCAGUUUUGUUGCGUGUGAUGAUAGGAGACACAAUGACGCUCUUGUCUCUUCUGGGUCGGAUCAUGCGUUAUUUUCUCCUCAGGCCGGAGACAUUGUUUCUGUUGUGCAUAAGCCUGGCGCUGUGGAGUUAUUUCUUUCACACCGACGAGGUGAAAACCAUCGUCAAGUCCAGUAGGGAUGCCGUGAAGAUGGUGAAGGGGAAAGUCGCGGAGAUGAUGCAGAAUGACCGGCUGGGAGGCCUCAGUAUCCUGGAUGCAGAGUUCUCCAAGACCUGGGAGUUCAAGAACAACAACGUAGCCGUGUAUUCCAUACAGGGGAGGAGAGACCACAUGGAGGACCGAUUCGAGGUGCUCACCGACAUCACAAACAAGAGCCACCCGUCCAUAUUCGGGAUAUUCGACGGUCAUGGUGGAGAGGCUGCAGCUGACUAUGUGAAGGCCCACCUGCCCGAGUCUCUGAAGCAGCAGCUGCAGGCUUUUGAGAGAGAGAAGAGAGAGAGCGCUGUCUCCUAUGCCAACAUCCUCGAACAGCGCAUCCUGGCUGUGGACCGUGAGAUGCUGGAUAAGCUCUCUGCCAACCAUGAUGAAGCAGGAACAACAUGCCUGAUGGCGCUGCUUUCAGAUAGAGAGCUUACAGUGGCCAAUGUUGGAGACUCAAGAGGUGUAUUGUGUGACAAAGAUGGGAAUGCUGUUGCACUAUCGCAUGACCACAAGCCUUAUCAGCUUAAAGAGCGCAAGAGGAUCAAGAGGGCAGGCGGCUUCAUCAGUUUUAAUGGCUCCUGGAGAGUUCAGGGUAUCCUUGCUAUGUCCCGCUCCUUGGGCGACUACCCUCUUAAAAACCUCAAUGUAGUCAUUCCUGAUCCUGACAUAAUGACCUUUGACCUGGACAAGCUACAGCCAGAAUUCAUGAUCCUGGCAUCUGAUGGCCUGUGGGAUGCCUUCAGUAAUGAGGAGGCAGUACGAUUUGUCCGCGAGCGUCUGGAUGAGCCCCACUUUGGAGCCAAGAGCAUUGUCCUCCAGUCUUUCUACCGAGGCUGCCCUGACAACAUUACUGUCAUGGUGGUGAAGUUUAAAAGCGGAGCUGGGAGGAGCAGCAAAGCGGGCGAGUAGCUCUGGGUUAAAUUUAGAUUACACUGUGAGCUUAACUGUAGAGCUCACAAUGUAAUCAGUAUGAUAUUUCCCUGUCUUCUGUAUGCAGCAACAAUUACACUAUCACAAGAGGACACAAGGAAGCUGAGGGUGGAUCACUGAGAACAGUACUUUUAACAAAUAUACACAUACAGACAAAUGCACACAGACACACUAACACAUGUAAAAAUGUUGUUUUGCUUUGUCAUCUGAGGGCAUUUAAACUCAAAUAUUAUAACUAUCUUCUAUAAGAUUGAUGAAGAUUGAAGAAACACAAUACUAAGAAUACAGAAACAGGAGAAUACUUUUAAACCAGCACACAUAAGACUGUGAUUGCUUUACUACUGUUUACUAUACAUGCAUAUGAAUGGUCCAGCUCCACUGGAGGCUUUUUGUGAGAAGGCUUCAUUUUGUGCCUAUUUAAGAAUUAGUGUGUAGAAAAGUGCUGAAAAUGCAACUGCAAAAAAACCUUCCAGUUUGUGGCAUUUUAAAUGUUUCCACUUUUGACCUGGAAUGAUUAGUCAAAUAUCAAAAGACUCCAGUGGAUGCAUACCUUUGACAUGAUGCUGUACACCCAAAUCUAACUUUUGAGUAUGACGCACUCCCCACUUUUUAUCUUCAUAAGUUCAGCUUGAAUUCACACUGGAUAGUAGAUUCAAAAAUUAAACAUGGUGCCAAAUUGCAGGGGCCUCUGUUCAGGCUGUUGCUGUUAGUAUGCGUCUGAUCAUUUACUUGCUACUGCUCAGUGGUCUUAAUGAGAUUUUAGGUGGUACAUGACUUUCUACGUCCUUAAAGUCAAUUGUUUUCAAAUUGUGGAGUAGACUGGUAAAAUAUGAUAACAUAAACAACUUUUAAGGUCUAUUUCAGAAAUGAUUUAGUCUAUUUAAACUUUAUAGCAGUUUCUGGUUUGUUUUCAAAAGGGGAGGAAGGAAAACUAAUUUUUAAUGGGUUAUUUCAAUUAAACUUAGAUAAUCCAUAUACUUAGUAUUUCAUGUCAUUAAUUAUGUCAAAACAUGCUUAGAUUAAUUGACUUGCAGCUUAUAAGUCAUUCCAGUUUGUGCACAUUUGGACAUAUGUUCGUCUUUAACACGAGAACAAAUUAUGUUCCGGGAAUAAACCAGCAUGGUAGCUGAGAUCAACAAAUUUCAAGUCUGCACAAGAUGAGUAUAAUACUCAAAGAUUAAAUUAAGGGUGAAAAGCCAUGUUAACCUACAACACACACAGACAGUAUACAGACACAAAGUGAUGAAAAGGCACUUUUCAAAUGUUUGUUUUUAAAUCGUAACUAUUACAUAUCAGCCAAUGUUAAUGCUCUCUGUCUUCUGUAUUACAGGAGGAUUUUAUUGUAUGUAAAACAUGAUUUAAAACCUGAAAUUCCCCUCUUUGCAAUGUGAUGAAGCUAAUGUGAACUACUCCUGUUGAGUGGGUUUUCGCUAUGUGUAGCAGGGCAUGUGCUUUGGCUUCUCCAUGAUUAUAAACAAGGUACUUACAGUGUUUGUCACUGGACAACAGUGGCUGCCUUUGACCUGGAAAGCACACAAGUCUUGAUGUGCAGAAACUGACUAAAAUCAACAACUCAUUGCAACCUCUACAGCUGAAGCCAGACUGCUAGUGAUUAGAAAUAUGAUAUGCUCCUAAAGCAGUUCAGCUGGCGUCACUGAUGGCAGCAACUGGCCAAGGAAAGUUCCAGUAAACUCUACUUGAUUUACUACUAUUUUUUGUUCCACUAUUACCACUGUGUACCUUUCAUCAGCUGAGAGAAAUGAUGACUCUCUUUAUUUUUUUUAAUUACUAUUUUUUUUUUUUUUAACAUUUUACCUAAUGCCUUAUUUAUUGUUGAGUUUGUGGAUGUUUCUGGCAGAUUGCCAAAUCAGCAUACUGUAUGUUUAUUUUCUGUCCUUCUGUACAUGAGCAGAAGUUUACAAUAAAAAAAAUACCCAUC